CGCGUAGUUCCGCUGCUCUCGUUCUUUGGGAGCUCCCGCGGGGAGCUCGGCGGCUUCCCGUCCUCGCGCUGCCCCUCCGGAGUGUCGCUCUGCCCGCCCGGGCCCGAGUUUCUGGUUUCAGGGAAGAUGACAGAGGAACUGGAUCUCAUGGGACAGGACUCUGAUGCGGGGAGUGAGGAGGUGGUCCUAACUCCUGCAGAGCUCAUUGAAAGGCUGGAGCAGGCCUGGAUGAAUGAAAAGUUUGCCCCGGAGCUGCUGGAGAGCAAGUCUGAGAUUGUAGAAUGCGUCAUGGAACAGCUAGAGCAUAUGGAAGAAAAUCUCAGAAGAGUUAAAAAGGAGGAUCUGAAGGUCAGCAUCCAUCGGAUGGAGAUGGAGAGGAUCCGCUAUGUCCUCAGCAGCUACUUGCGGUGUAGACUCACGAAGAUAGAGAAGUUUUUCCCUCAUAUCCUUGAGAAGGAGAAAACACGCCCUGAGGGGGAACCUGCCAGCCUCUCUCCAGAAGAGUUUGCCUUCGCCAAAGAGUACAUGGCUAACACGGAGAGCUACCUUAAAAAUGUUGCCUUAAAGCAUAUGCCCCCUAACUUACAGAAGGUGGACCUCCUGAGGUCAGUUCCCAAACCAGAUCUAGAUUCCUAUGUGUUUCUGAGAGUCAGAGAACGACAAGAAAACAUACUGGUAGAACCAGAAACAGAUGAGCAGAGGGACUAUGUGAUUGACCUGGAGGAGGGCUCGCAGCACUUGAUCCGAUACAAAACCAUUGCACCUCUGGUUGCCUCUGGAGCUGUACAGCUAAUUUGAAACUAAAAGUAGACAGGAAUGAAGACACGGAAGCUUAGGGAAAAUAUUGGAAACCCCUCGAAUCAUUUUGUGCCUGAGGACAAUAAGGAAGUAGCUCUCCUGGCAUCACACUUUUCUUGACAGUGCUGUGGAUGACUCGGGCAUUGACAAGGAGCUUGAGGCAGGGUCCUCCUUCCUGCCGCGGUGGCCGGCAUGUGUUGUGCGCACUACGCAAAUACACGGAGACUCGCACUCUGUGCACCUUUUCCCUUCAUGGUACUCACCGAGCUAAGGAAGGUAAAGGUGGUUCAUAAAAGGCCUCACUGCCUGUGAUCAGGGCACUGUAUUUAGCCCUAACCGGGUAAUAGUGGGAGAGUUCAGUUAACCUUUUUGAUAGGAAGAUUGUAAAUAGAUUAAAGAAAACAUCUGUGGCCUUCGUCUGUAAUACAUCAUUAGAUUGUGUGAACUAACCUUUGGGAUCCUCUAAUAUUGGACUUAAAACCAAUUUCUGUCAUGCUUAACCGAAAAUCACAACUAAACCAAUAAACCAUUAUUAAAUUGGG